AUGUGGGAUGCAUUUGAUGUCGUGUUCCCAUCAAUUACCGCAUCUGGUAUCCCAAAGCUUGCAGCUCUCAAAGCUAUUCAGCGCCUGGAUCAACCGAGAGAGCUGUACUCUGGUGCUGUCAUCAUGAUCGAAGAUCUAGAAUUUGAAGCUGCACUUGUCUUGCGCACUGUCUUUCAAGAUCAGAAUCGUGCUUGGAUCCAAGCUGGAGCUGGUGUUAUCUCUCAGUCUAACCCAGAGCGCGAGCUGAUGGAGACUCAUGAGAAGUUGGCGAGCAUUGCACCAUUUGUCAUUCCAGAUUCGUGUUGA